AUGUGCGAGUGGUACCGCCGCAACUACGCCUGCGGGCACCACUUCACGGGCGCCUCCGAGUGGUGCUACCGCUACAGCCAGACGCAGAAGCGUUGCAAGGUCGUCGUGACGCAGGUCGACUACGACGCGUCGGUCUGCAAGAGCUGCAUGAAGAAGGGCCACAAGACGGAGGUGCCCUGGGAGCACAUGAUUGACCGGACCAAGUACGAUCCCAGCCGGGACGAGUGA